AUGAUGAGUGGGAAUGGACGCAUGGUUUACUCUCCCUACGGGGUUGGAGUUCCAAUGGAUGGAAUAUAUGGCAUUCCAAUGAAAUGGCAAAAUCAGAAAUUCGCUCAGCAACAAAUGGGUCAAGUUAUUUCCAGUCAAGAAAAUCUAAAUCUGAAUGAAGAUGGUUAUCCAUACAAAAGACAAAAUCCUAAUCCAUACCAAACAGAAUCUAUAAAUCAUUCAAAAAUGCAUUAUGUUGAGGUACAACUGAUUAAUAAGAUUCUGGAAAAGCUGGGCCCUGUUUCUAGUGUGUCUAAGGAUGAGAUUGAUGCCCUGAUUGUGGAAAAUUCGAAGAUUAUCAAUCGUCUCAAUCGGGCACAACUUAUGGGACAUAAGUAUCGAAUUAAAGACAUCGCAAAAUUGCAGCGCAAUCUAGCCUUUCUAUCUCAAUUAUCCCGGCCUAACCUCUGA